CAGGUCUUAGCAUUUCGUCUUGAUCAAACGAGACGCGCGCCUGCUUCCAUAAGCUGUUGUAGCAGGAGCUCAAAUAAAAAUAUAUAUUCGAAUUUUAUUUUCAAAAAUCGAACUGAAUUUAAAACAAAUUUUAAAAUUGUUUUAAUUUUCGUUUUUAUCAGCCAAUAGGUUGGCUGAAUUUAAUAAAAAUAUUUUUAAAUAUUUUUUAUUUUUAUUUUCGACCAGGAAUACGUAGUAAAUUGUGACUUUAAUGUGAUAGUGCUAUCGAUAGUGAUUUUCACGUGCGACGGGCGCUGUGUGGAAAACUGACAAAACAUGAACGGAGCUGCGAACGUAACAACCAAUAUGUCUUUCGUUGAUUCGUACAGAAAAUUCAUGGAGCGAAACAGCGAUCCGCGGACAGAGAACUGGAUGCUCAUGUCCGGGCCAGGACCGCUGUUGACCAUCCUAGCAACAUACCUUUACUUCUGCACUUCAGUCGGUCCUCGCUACAUGAGGGAUAGGAAGCCCUACGACCUUAAGAACACUAUAAUUGCGUACAACAUAUCACAGAUUUUUAUGAGUAUUUUCUUAGUAUAUGAGGGUUUAGUUUCGGGAUGGUGGGGCGACUACAACUUCUCUUGCCAACCAGUAGACUACUCAGACAACCCUAAAGCAACGCGGAUGGCAGCGGCGGUAUGGUGGUACUUCAUGGCGAAAGUAAUUGAGCUACUGGACACAAUCUUCUUCGUGCUCAGGAAGAAGAACAGGCAGAUCUCCUUCCUCCACCUGUACCAUCACUUUAUGAUGCCGAUCUGCGCUUGGAUCGGAGUUAAAUUUUUGCCAGGCGGUCAUGGAACUCUCCUCGGUGUCAUCAAUUCUUUCAUCCACAUCAUCAUGUACACAUACUACUUGAUCUCAGGGCUUGGUCCGCAGUACCAGAAGUUCCUUUGGUGGAAGAAACACGUCACCACGUUGCAACUGAUCCAAUUUUGCAUCAUCUUCUACCACAACUUUUCUGUUUUGUUCUGUGAAUGUAAUUAUCCUAAAUUCAUCAAUUUCCUUCUGACGGUCAACGCUGGACUCUUCUUAUAUAUGUUCGGAAACUUCUACUACAGAAAUUACAUGAAAGGAAACACGAAUGUAAAGAAAGAAAUCAAAGAAGCUCAACAAGAAAUAACUGCCAAUGGAAAAACGAAAGAAUGCUAGUGAAUUUCAAACUAUAGUUAAAUGUAUAUGAUGUUAAUCAUAGUUUUAAAACAAAUUUAGUUGGUAAGCUAUUUUAUAGUUAAAUGAAACUAAUAGUUCACCACACCAUCUUCAGUAGGCUACGCUGUAUUUGUACAAAUAAUUUUAAGGACUCAACCUUUCAUUAAGGAUUAUGGAGAUGGUAAUAAACACUUAUAUUUUUAAGUGUUGUAAUAAAUACUCUUUUAGUUGUAACAAUUUUCUUAUUAUAUAAAACUUUGUGGAUUGGACCAACGCUUCGUUAUCAUUCGGUCUAGAGAUCAACCCUUAUUACUCAUAUCUAUUUUUCAUUCAUAUUCAUUGUAUUGAUAGCCACGGUUUAUUCAAAAUAUUUUUAAUGAAAUUUGUUAUUGCUUAAAAUGCCAUGAUUCCAUUUUUAAUGAAAUUAUUGAUUUAACGAAAUUUGUUAUUGCUUAGAAUGCCAUGGUUCGAAUCCCGGGUUAGACAAUGUGAUAUUUUUUUUUCUGUCUAUGCAGAAAAAACAGUAUCCGGCACGUACUGACUGUACUGAGCACAAUUCCAGACUCAGGGCUCGUAUCAUUAUGAGCCCUGAGUCGAGGAGUCUUAUACGGCGAUAUACUCGCCCCCUAUCACAUCAUGGAAUGAAACAUAGAUGGAAAAAAGUGGGUACUUUGAUUGCUAUUUAUCUACCCCUUCGGGGAUAAGAGAGUAGGUAAUUUGUAUCUGUGAUAUCGCUUAUCGAAAAAACAACUAAUUCUAUAAUAUUUUACAAUCUACAUAAACAAUUCAUAGAAGAAAUAAACUGUUUUUUAUUGUAUAAUGAAUUUUUGAAUGAAUGAAUGAUCAGAACUAACCUAAAUGAUUUCGAAGCAUGAAUCCAUACAAAGAUUUUCAAACAGUUUACACAAGUUGUCUCUUAGUCAUCGGUGGAUUUGUAGAUGUAAGAAAUACCCUUGUUAUUUAUUUUAUAUUAUAAGCUAAUGUAUCUAGCAUUUUUUAUCACCACAACUUUGUUAUUGACAAGUCAAUCUUAAGUUUGACCUAUUUCUAAAACUACCUGUCUAAAAUAAAACUGAUGCAUUUUGGUAUGUAAAUAUAUUUUAUAAAAAACAAAUGUAUUGCAUUUUAUAUUCGAUGUAUUUAUGAAAUUGUCUAGCUAUGACAUACUAUUAUUGGGACCAAUUCUGAGUAAUAUAUUAUAUUUUAAUAGUACUUGCGUUCCUACGAGCAGCUCCGCUUGAGUAAAAGUCCGUCACACAAUCACCCAAGCCCCCGCCGCGCAGACUCUUAAAACAAAAGAAGCGCGACGUAGUGGCGCGGUUUGGUACAAUGAGUUUUCUAGCUAACCUUAAAACAUUACAUAUUUUUGAUUACAAGGGUGGAUUUCGAUUAAAAGUGACCUUUGAGGUUUCUAACUAAGCUUAAAUAUUUGAUUCUGAUGUUAAAUUUUGAUGAAAUACACCCUAUAUGUUCAGAGAAAGAUUAAUAUUUUUCAAUAGUUAGAUACUGAAUUCAACUAGUGGCUUCGUGUUACGCCACAAACAUUUAAAAUCUAUCUCCUUAUUCAUUGACUUUUUUUAUCUAAGGACGCAGCAUUGCUGUGAUAACAAGUCUGUAUCUCAGUGCUGACGGCAUGCCAGCCUUCGCAGUGUGUAGAAAUACGACCGUUGUGAUUGGCUAAUAUUGAGAUACAACUUGAAUCUAAUUGGCUGUCAGAUAAACAAAGCUGAGAAACAGACUUGUUAUCACAGCAUUAAUCCGUCUUUAGAUAAAAAAAAACUUCUAUGAAUACGGGGUAUAUGUCUUUAAUUAUGAAUCUAACCCUUACAUCAAGAACACAAUGUCUACCAAGACUCUGUAAAUUACAAUUGUCAUUAAACUGCAAACAACCACUGCAUAUAAUAGCUAUAAAUAUAAACAGAUCAAGAUUUGAACAUAUCGUUAUUCAUAAACCAAUGCAAUAAGUAUGGUAUUAUAACAGUUAGUGGUUAUAAAGUUUGUAAGACUUCCUUCAAAGACUUGAAUAACAAUAAAUAUCUUUGUAUGAUUAUAUGAAAUUUAAACUUAAAAACUGUGUUUUCUGUUCUAUCUAUUAAUUGCUAAUGGAAAAUGAAAUAUAUCAAAAGUUAAUAUAUGUUUUUAAAUGUAAUAAAGGGAAUAAGACUACAGACAAUACAAUAAGACUUGUUUUAAUUUAAAAUAUAAGUGGGUAAAUACA